AUGGGAGUUCGCAGCAUUCCACUGGCAACUUUGGGGGUGCACAAGUACGAGAGCAUUGGGAGGAGGAGAAAUGGAGGUCAAAUGGGGAAUAGAGGGAGUGGAAGGUUUGGGAAUGCUAAUGGGGAAAUGGAGUUGAUUCAUGUUGGGUUUCAGAGGACGUUUCCAAGAAGGACAUUAUCUAGUAGAAGCGAAAUCAGGAGCAGUAGGGUUCAUAACGAUGGAGAAAGCGACGAUGGAGGUUUCCAGAAUGGCGGGAAUCAUGAGUCUGAAAUUUAUGGUUUGAGUUCCCAAUACCGCAUAAAUCAUAGGGUAAGUAGGACUUCGUCAAACAGAAACAAGAGCAAUAAUACUUGGAUCCAUAACAGUAUUGAUGAAGAAGGGGAGGCUUGA